CAACUACAACAGUUGGAGUUUAAAAAAAGUGUCACGGAAUUAUUUCCGUGGGACGUUGCUUUUCGGAAGCGGGACGAGGAGAAAAAGAGAGUUCGGGGGCGUUGGGGGAGAUCGCAGCAGUCCGUCGGGGGUGGAGAAGAGCGAGAGAUCAACACGGCGGGGAGGAAGGAGACGAGAGGAGAGAAGGAGAAACUGGAGAGCGAAAGGGUGCUCUCGGAAGGACUGCGGAAAAGGGAGCACACCCUCGAUUUUCCGUCGAUGAACUGCAGAAAGAAGCAGCGCUAAAAUGAAGAAGCUGUUCUCCAAGUUGGACACCAGGGCGGACGGAGCAGCCAAAGAGCCGCAGUCGUACGUGGGCAAGGUCUUCACGGUGGGCAAACACUCGGUCACGGUCGAGGACGUGCUCGCCGAGGGAGGAUUCGCCGUCGUUUUCCUCUGCAAGGGCAGCUCCAACGCCAAAUACGCCCUCAAGAGGCUCUACGUCAACAACGACGUCGACCUCAAUGUGGCCAAACGCGAGAUACAAAUCGCCAGCAACCUGAGCGGCCACAAGAAUAUAAUUGGCUUCAUCGACUCGAGCAUCACACACACGGGGAACGGCGUGUACGAAGUUUUAAUGUUGAUGCCCUACUGCCGAACACACAUACUCCAAAUGAUGAACCAGCGCCUGCAGUCCGGGUUCAGCGAACUCGAAGUGCUCCAAAUCUUCUGUGAUGUUGUUGAAGCGAUAUCAAGACUCCACCACUGCCAGACUCCCAUCAUCCAUAGAGAUUUGAAGGUGGAAAACAUCUUGUUGGAUGAGCAUAGCAACUUUGUUUUGUGUGAUUUUGGCUCGGCAACCGGGAAGGUGCUGAACCCUGUGGUGCACGGAGUGACGGACGUGGAGGAGGAAAUAAAAAAAUACACGACCCUGUCGUACCGAGCGCCAGAGAUGGUGGACCUCUACUCCGGGCAGCCGAUCACCACGAAAGCGGACAUCUGGGCACUCGGCUGCCUGCUCUACAAGCUGUGCUUUUUCGCUCUGCCCUUUGGCGAGAGCACCCUGGCCAUCCAGACCGGCCACUUUACCAUUCCAGACAACUCGAGAUACUCAAAAGGCCUCCACUGUCUCAUAAAGUAUAUGCUAGAGUCAGAUCAGGAUAAGAGACCAGAUAUUUAUCAAGUAGCGUAUAUAGCAUUCCUGCUUUUGGGCAAAGACUGCCCUGUGCAAAAUCUUAAUAAAGUAACCCCAGCCGAUAUUGACAAGCUCCCGUGCCCCGAAAGAGAGUCAGAAGUGAAAAGCGCCUUAGGAAAAAUACCAAAGAGUGUGCCAAUCCAGCCCAUCGUUGAAGGGACCAGCGUCACACCCAGACAAAGACCAAAGGGAGGUCAUCAGGUGCAGGUUGGCGCCUUGCCGAUUCCUCCUCCGCAGCAGAGUUCGCGGCGGCAGCUGGUGCAGCCGGUGUCGUCGACGGUGCUGUUUCCAGAGCCGGCCGAAUUCAACCCACCAGUCGCUCCGAAGGUCGUGCACGCGCCUGCAGAGAGUGCUGCGGACGAGACAAAUAUGGGCGGCCACCAAAACCAAGCGUUCGAGGAUCUCUUUUCUUCGCCAGAAUUCCCAGAUCCUUUCAAAGAAGGUGCUGAACACGCAGAGGACGUGACGGGCUUCCCAGUGUUUGCGUCUCCUACGCUAAACAUGACUCAGCCUUCGCAGCAGCCAGCCCCGCAAAGCAUCACUAAGUGUAACUCUCCACCCCAGUCAGUAAACUUAAACGUAUCAAAAGGACAUAGGAGAAAUGUCAGUGAUACCACAACUUUUAACAGAGUAUUUGAAAUGAACCAGUUUGCGACACCAUUCGACGCGCCAACCAAAACUUUAUCUGGCACUAACUUGCCGGGCGAGCCUUUGCCUGCUGAUAACUAUUGUGAUAAUAAGGACGUUGUAGGCUCCACUCAGAGUUUGAAUUCUGGUAGCACCUUGCUGACAGCUUCAGUGGCCGGAUGGAAUCCCUUUGGAACUUCACCCUUUUCUCCUAUGUCGAGUGGCGAUUUUGACCCGAUGGGCUCAGCUGGUAUUAAAAACAUUAGAAGUCAGGAGAGUCUAGUCACAAGCCACGAUAUACCUGAUGACCCGUUUAUUUGUGCGCCAUUUAGUUUGCCAGAAAAAUUUAAGAAGCGAGGUGCAUCUUUAGAGGCAUCUGAUAGUACUAGUUUAUCACCAAGCUCAAGCAAUGCAGGACGGCGCCUACUAUCUACUUCCAGCUCUACAAGAACUGCUAACCAAUAAUAAAACUACACGAAUAAAUGAUAUAUACAAUAAA